AUGGAGGCCAUCUUCAAGAACGACGACUUCGUCGAGCAGUACAAGGUUGGGGAACGCCUCACGGGCAGCUUUGCUCUUGACCUCAUCCAGCGGUCUGGCAUCGUGAACGAAUCUACCCAGGACCCGCUCGUAGUUCUGGACAACGCUUGCGGUACUGGCAUCGUCUCCUCCACACUGAACCGAUUGCUUAGCGAGAAUGCGAAGGUAAACUGGCAGUUAACCUGUGGCGACUUCUCUCAGACGAUGCUCGACUAUACCAAGUCCAGAAUAGAUGAAGAGGGCUGGCCGAAUGCCCAGGUGAAGAUCGUGGAUGCGCAGGAAACAGGGCUUCCGACAGCUCACUAUACCCACAUCUUCACAAACUUUGGUCUCCCAAUUUGCAAAAGGUCUGAUGCUCAGCUAGGCGUGAUAGAAUCGGUUCGGAUGUUACGACCAGGUGGAUUGCUUGGCUUUACAACCUGGAAACGACUUGACUGGGUGCUCCUCAUUAAGGGAGUCCUGGAAUCGACCCCAGAGAAACUCUAUUUCCCAGACGUGCCAGAAUUCCUUGCCAUCAUGCAGAAUGGGAACUGGAACGAUGAGGCGUGGAUCAGGUCUCAUCUCCAGGACCGCGGCUGCGAGGACAUCAAAGUGGAGGCGGCGACGAAGUGCCUCCUAACGAACAUACACGAUUUCUUCAAGUCAGCCAUGAUGCUUUUCCCGAUGGCAAUCAGGCAUUUCUGGACUGAGGAGCAAUUGGACAAGUACGAGGAGUAUGCUAAGAAUGCGGUCUGGAAAUAUCUCGACGACAAGUACGGGCCCGACGAGCUUGUCGAGACUGAGUACACUGCCAUUGUGUCGACGUGUCGUAAAUCUUCGGAUUGA